GGCUAAUUAUUUAUUGCGAUUUACUUACUUUUUUGUGUCAUUCACUUGGUACGAUGAUAUAUCAAAUCUCACCUAUAAAAUAUAAAUUUAACACCACAAUUUUUUAUGGCAAUGCUAUGGUUGACUGAAAAGUAAUAAUUAUCUUAUAAAAGAAAAACAAUUACAAAAUAUCGCUGGGUGAAAUUGUUUUCUCGUCUGUGGCAGUCUGACAUCUGACGUUACACUUAACCUCCCAACGAUAGCACUUGGAAAGUAGUCAUACCUAGUGUGUAGUGAGUACCAAACGUUCAUGAACAGUAUCAAAUCAAAGUUAUAUUAAAACCUUGAUUUUCGAUCUUUGAGUUCAGUAUGCAAUAGCUUCCGCUCACUGUCAGUUGCAAAUUAAUAGAUUCGUACAUUGUUGAGGUUAUGAGUGAUUUAUUGACAAUUUUCAUUUGAAUUAUUUGUAAAUUGUUUAUUGAGACCUGCAUUCGUGUGACAAAACUGACGAAAAUGGCUAGAAAAACAAACAGUGCUGUUCAGAGACUAAAGCAGGAUUAUAUGAGACUGAAAAGAGAUCCAGUGCCGUAUGUUAUUGCUGAACCGAAUCCAUCGAAUAUUCUCGAAUGGCAUUAUUGUGUUAAGGGACCAGAGAAUACUCCAUAUGAAGGUGGUUUUUAUCAUGGUAAAUUGAUAUUUCCUCGCGAAUUUCCUUUUCUACCACCGAGUAUCUACAUGACAACGCCUAAUGGUAGAUUCAAAGUCAAUACUAGAUUAUGCUUAUCCAUCUCUGAUUUUCAUCCUGACACGUGGAAUCCAGCGUGGAGUGUUGCAACAAUUUUAACUGGUUUACUAAGUUUUAUGAUUGAGAAGAGCCCCACUCUCGGCAGUAUCAACACAACCGAUUGGGAAAAACGACAAUAUGCAAGCCAGAGUUUAGAAUUUAAUUUAAGAGAUAAAAUAUUUUGUGAACUAUUUCCAGAUACAGUAGUAGAAAUUAAUGUAGAAUUAGAACGAAGGAAAAAAUUGGAUCAACAAAGUAGACAGCAAUCAACAACAUCUGACAUGUCAUCGUUGGUCCUAGAACAAUCCCAGAGAGAUCAGAGUCCUUUGAAUGGCGCUAUGACAAAUUUAGCAAUAAUUGUUGGUUUUGCAGCAUUUGCCUAUACUGUUAAAUAUGUCCUCCGAAAUAUUGCAUGGGAAUAAAUACAAUUCUACUAACAUAAUUUAGCAAUAGUAAUAGAAUCUGCGCCAAGUAUUGAAUUUGCAAAAGGUGUUUCACUCUACUAAUUACUAUAGAGCGCUCCUCUGGUUAUUUAUCCCCAGUUGAGGUUUUAAUUCUUCAUAUUAAUUUCAACGAUUUUUCAAUUCAAUUGAUAUUCCAUGUUAUAAGAUCGUUUUGUCAAAUAUUCGGUUUAAUUUAAAUUUAAUUGAUCUGAGCCUUUCAGAGAAUCACGGAACCAGAUCAACUUUUGCAAUUACAGUCAAUUUUGUCACGUGAACCAGCGGAAGACGGCUCUCUAAGGAUUAUUGCUGAUAUGUUCUCAUUUUUCAAGUUUAUUUGAUUUGCAAAAGUUUAGCAAAACUUUAGAAAAAUUGACAGACGCCCAUGAAAAUUUGAGAGUCAUUGAAUCAUGACAAAACAUAAAAAAUGUUUUUUUAUGUUGAUGGGAUCCGUGCGGUUGCCCAGAAAUAAAAAAAACACGAAAUAUGAGAAGGUAUUGGCUGUAACUCCUUAAGGUAAUCAAUAAUCUAAUUGCAUACGAAGUGAAUAAUUCAUCAUUUGGUAACCAGAGUAUAAGAAAAAUUCUUUCCAAAUUUUAAUGGGAAAUAAAUCAAGAAUAUUAGGUAUUGUCGUGUCACUGGGUAUUAACUGCAAAUUGUAUAGUAAGCUCUUCCACACGAACCGGUUUACCAAAGAUAAGAGCCUCGCGUAUUUCUUGAAGCUUAUACCGAUUAUUUCAUUCAUGUUUUUUUUCAUUUUUUGUUUUCUUCCUUCAAUGAGAAGAAUUACUUGUGGAGAUAGCAUAUUAUAAGUAUUUCAUCUACGUUAACUAAGAUUUGUUCUGUAAAAAUCAAGCCAAUAUUAUGUUUUUUAAUAAUGUUAUUUCAUCGAAUGUCAACAUAUUAAUGAAAAAAAUAUAUUUUAAUUAAUGAAUUCAAUUUACAUAA